AUUACGAGUUGGCAACACUGCCUGCGCUUGGUAAAAGCGAAACCGUACAAGUUUGUUUAGAAAUGGCGGCACGUUGGUUAUCAGGUAAACAGUUAGACGGUGUGUUUUGGACAUCACAAGGUACUAGCAAGGAGUCCAUUGUACCGGGUGUAAAUGAUAUUCACAAUCUAAGACCAAAAGUCAAAGGUGGAAGAACCAAGGAGGUCAAAGCUUCCAUUCCUGUAGUUCAAUCAGUCAUUCAAGUAUUGGACCCUCAUGCUACUAAAUCCUCAACCUCUGGUCUGUCCACCAUGUUAUCAGACAGCAGAAGUAAUGUGCCAGACAAGCAGGUAUCUCUCAGGGAUCUCUGUGUUGAAGACAAGAAAAGAGUGGCAACUUUAAUCAAGGAGCUAGCCAAGCUUGGUGAGGAAAAGGAAAAUGCUGAGAAAAAUCUUGAGGAAGAAAGAAAACAUUAUGAAGAACAGAUUCUGAAACUUGUGGAACAACAGGAGCAGAUUUUAAAGGAACGAGAAGAGGUACAAAACAGACUCUUGGAAUAUGAAACUUAUAUCCUGAGACUACAACAAGACCAGAAACUAAGUGAACUAAAACAGAAAGAGAUAUUUAAUAAACAAGUAGCACUAGGACAGCAGGUUGUGUCUCACCCAAUAGAUCAGCAUGAUGGUCACCUCAAUAAUCAGGCAGUACAGCAACUUCCAGAAGCCUGUCAUCAAGAAAAUAUGAUGACUAAAACCCCUAACAAAGUGCCCAAGCAACUUGUCGAGGAGGAGGAAAGUUUCUUUGGGAAUUGUUCAACUAACGUCCUACCUUCUCACUCUGUAACAGCAGCCCACCAUGACCGUCCAUUCACUGCCAAACUAAACAAAGAGCUCGACCACCAGAAUCAAAUUCUGGCUGCUUCUUUCUUGUCUGGCCAGUCGACUCCAAGGAAGGGUAUUGCUGCUAACUCCCCAAGAGCUUCGAAUAGAGUAAAUGACAGUGUCUCACCAGAAGAUAUUUUACAAAACUCAUUCAGAGCCUCUAGUCCUAAAAACCUAAAGGAAAAUGAGAAAGGCAGCAUCCAUGUUAAUUUACUACAAGGUUACGGGAAUACAGAUUAUCUAACUCCUGAGAAAAAUGAUCUAAUCCAUAGGCUGAUUGAGAGUCAGUCUCAAUUGAAAGCUGAGCAAGUAGAAGUAACGGAUUUAAAUACAAACAUCCAGGUAGCCAAGAGAAAGCCUAGAAAACGACCACCUCCAAGUUAUGGCCCCUUGCAUCCUCCGGUCAUGUCUAGUACACAGAAGAGCUCAGAGUUUGGAGAAGUCGACUCUUUGUUAACUCUCGAUCAAGCCAUUCCAGAGCAAAAACUUUGGCCACCAGUAGAAGUGGAGGAAAAUAGAAACAACAAUAGUGAUGACAUGGACCGUAACUCUGUCAGGCAGCCUGUGAUUCAUGGGAAGGGCGCACUUUCAACUAAAUAUAGUAGCAAAACAGAGGAGAAAUCCACAAAAGAAUUAGAGAUUGCAAGACUUGAGGAGGCAGGAAUAGAUCAAGAAUUUUUACGCAAAUAUAAAAAGAUGACCCCAUCAGAGAGGAAGCAGGAAUUACUGCGUCAACGUUCCAUGCUAUUAGAAGAACAGAACCGCUUGAAGAUAUUACUGGCGGAACAAGAAUCUCAAUUAAAGCUGAAAGAAAAAGAACUGGCCAAGAAAAAGAACACAAUGGCAGAUAUUUCUAUUCACCAAGGAAAGAAACAAAUAAAUUUAAACGCUCGAACAGGUCAAGGCCACAAGCAAGUGGCCAAAGAAGCAGAAGUAACUAUUACAAGGAGUCCUCAUGUUGACAAUAAAGGCCACAAUAGUCCUCAGUCUAGCAGUAAGGGCUUCAAAAGUGAAACUAAGGGUCUUAACAACAGCUGUUUACCUGUAUCAAAAGACAAAGGACAGCUAGAAAGCAGCUUUACUGAUGCCACCGACAAAAAGCUCAAUGGCAGAGAUGGAGAUCAGUGCAUCCUAUACACAGAUCUACCUGCAGAACAAGUUGUCAAAAAGUUGGAUUAUUCUCAGAGUUCUGAUACAGAAAGUAUUCAGUCCAGUGGCAAGUUGAAGUCUAAGAGAGGUGUGGCCAAAGAAGUUAUUGACUCCCCUGGCACUGCAUCUCUUCACCGUGACCAUCCUAAUAGUCCUAGAAGGUCAGCACUUCAAAGACCGCAGAUGGAUAAAUCUACCAGCAUAUCUUAUGCCCAUGUUCCGAGAUUAGUCCCAAGUCUUGAACUUGAUGACAAACCAAACCACAGAACAGAAGCUCAAGUUGUCUCCUUAUCAAGUCCAGGGUCAAGACCAGAUACUGAGCGGUCAAGCAAGAAAUUGUCCUCAGCAGUUGGUGACAAGACAAUGUCUGUAGUAGAAAUCAUCAACACUUUGUCAGACAAGACUACAAGAAACUCCAACAGUAAAAGGUCUGCCAGCAAUAACUCUCUGCCCAGCAGCAACAAAUCUGACAUUGACAGUGACGGGAGCUGCCGUCUUCCGUCAACUGAUAGGGACCCUAAUCUGAGCCUAUUUAUACUGAAUAGAAACCUAACCGAGUCGAAAGCUCGAAGAAACUUGGUGUCGAAAUAUAAUAAGCCAGCAGUGGAUGACUACUGCUAUAAACUGUCUCCAAGAGGUCAUCGCUAUGAACAUGACCUACUUGUAGACCAAAAAUUUCAACGUUCAGACGAGCAUAGACACCUAAAGAAGAAACAAGACCAGCCUGACUUGGAGGAUGAAAUAGACAAUGUGUUGGUUGCUAUAGAAAACCUGGAAGGCAGUGAAGGAAGUGAGGGUCCAGAAUGUGAACUCGAAGAUGACCUCACCGACCUAGAAGAAAGUAGAAUUCUUGAAGAUGUCUUUUUCAUAUGAGAUUUUCUCUAAGAAAUGUAAUGUUAAAUACAAUUGUAAUAAUCAUUUUAUAUACAACUGAGCAUGCUGCUAAUGGAUUGAACUAUUGAAAGCACAAAAAGACAUAAACUGAACUAACAUUAUGUAUAUUUUUUUCAGCUUUUAACGAAACUACUAAGAAGAACAAAACAUUAUGAUUGUAAUCUAAUCAUUAUCAGUUUGAAAACAUGGAUCAAUGUUCUUGGGAGAAACAAAUAUGUGAUUAGUCUCAAAAUUGAUACGAGGAGGAUGUGAUACUUUCAAGCCGUGCACAGAGCAGGGUCAUGGCGGCAUUAAAGAAAAGUGGGGGACAACCACUGCAAACAUAAUUACAGUAAGUGUAGCGAUCUAGACGAGAUCAGUUUCAAGUCAUCACUGUUUUGACUACCUUAAACUCAGUUCUUGUGCACAUGAGGAACCAACCCAUUUGGAGCAUAGACAAGAGAUCUGUUACAAAGUUGUACUGGGAAUUCUUAUAUAUUUAUUUUGUAUAUGAUAUGUUGAUUGAUAUUUGUAAGAUUAGAAAAUUUAGGGCUAUGAAUGGUGUGCCCUUCUCUGAGCUUUUAAUAAACUUAAAUUUAUUGUUUUGUUAA